GCGGUUUUCUCUUUCACCAUAAUGAAGGCAAAGGCAUUGUUCGAUUGUACCGCUGACGACAUUGGUGAGCUUUCUUUUAAGGAAGGCGAUGUACUAGUAGAUGUCGUCCAUUCUACAGAAGAUGGAUGGUACGAAGGAAGAGUUGAAGGGUCUACCAUUCGCGGUCUUUUUCCGUACAACUAUGUGGAAAUAUUAGACGAGCCAACUGCCAGUUCAGAAACACUAUCUAAUAGCGAAAAUGCAUCAAGAACAGUGAUGGAGGAUACUAUGUCGACCUCCGAGCCAAAGAUAGCACCUUCAACUUCCUGGUCUGUGCUCACAAAAGCAGAAACAAACGAAGCAAAACGAGCCAUUGGAGGUGAAGUAAACAGCGGUUCAGCUUCUACCCCGGGAGGAAAAAAACCACUCAAAGAAAAUGUGCCGGCCACGAUUCCUUUAACGUUUUCCAAGCAGCCAACAGCAGCCGUCAAUCUAUUUGCGAGAAGGCCUGAUCCUAGCAGCCCAAAUACCCCACCGAUCAUUCGACCUAAGCCUGCCAUUUCACCAAAGCCUGUCAUUUCACCAAAGCCUGCAUCCUUGGAGAAGGGCGUACUCAGGAACACAUCAGACCUGUCUAAGAGCCCAAAGGCUGAAGAGCCCAUGAUCAAUACCGCUUAUCGAACUCGCUCCAUGUCCAGUCCGUUGGCUAAUCCUUCUGCUACUUUUGGUAGUCCUAGACCAGUCAUAACGCCCAGAACAUUACCGCUCUCAUCUGAAGAUAGCAACUUGAAGCCUUCACAGUUAAAGAACAAAGAGACGUACGGUGUUGUCUUAAAAAAAGCAUCCCCUUCCAUUCCAACAAAGAUUACCUCACUUCGGUCCACUGAAUCACAAGGAGCUGGAGUAGUUUCCAAAUUCAUGGAUGACAAAACGGCCGACUCGAGCACUAAGGAGGAUGAAAAUUCGGAGGAUGAUGACGGAUAUCAAUUAGUCAAGCCGUCAUCUUUGCGACAAAGAGGUAGAGCACAGACUACGGCGGAUAUUCAGUCCAGAUAUGGAGGAGUUCGUCUGCCUUUUGCGAAUCCAGGUCUUGUUAAUCAAGGCAAAUCCAUGUCUCCGGAGUUGAAAGUCAUCAAGCCAAGUACAGUGAAUUCAUCACCUAGUGUGGUAAGCAGGGCUGCUCCUAAAGCUGCUCCUAAAGCUGCCCGUACUACUGUACCAUCGCCCGAUUCUACCGCCAAUGUUCUUGAUCUCAUGUCAACCUCGAAUAAUCCCGCUCCACGCUUACCUUCUCGACCAACAUCAAACAGGAGAUCUAGACGUCCACCUAGUUCCAAAACGACCACUGAAGGCAAUGACAUUCCUUCAACCUCUAUAGCACCAUCAGUUGCUAAUAAGACAUCAACUAUACCUCCUCCGGUUAAGGCAAAACCACUUGCUAAGCCAACAACAGCAGUUGUGGAAAAAAAAGUAGGAGUAACAACACAUAAUGACGAUGAAAGGAAGCCAUUUUCCGUUUCAAAUUUAGCACGACAGUUUGACACCAAUAAAUCCCCUACUUCACCAAGCGUAACUUCGCCUGCCACCAAACCAAAGAGCGGUUCUUUAUCACUCCCACAAGUGCCUGGAAAACCGCUGGGACUCUCUAACGCCAACAAUCCUACGCUAGCAGUACAAUCCAGACCAAUACCCAAGCCAAAUAUGGAUUCUACUUUCAACAAUUCUUCUUCUUUUGGAUCAAAUGCUCCACCUGUUUUGCGUCCCAAGCCUUCACAGUACCAAGCUGGUUCGUCCCUUCCGUCUACCACAAAUAUUGAUAGUAGUCGGUCGCCCAAGGAUACCGUCACAGCAAAUAGGCCAUCGUAUGUGAGGAAUGCAAGCUCUAACACAGCCAGCAGAAGGAAAGCCGCUGCACUACCACCGCCAGCCACAGCUGCUAUACCCAGCGACGCUAAGCUACGCUACGAAGCAUUGUUCGAUAGAGUUCAUGAUCGCAACAGAGUUGAUGGACAAACUGUCAAAGUGAUUUGGCAGAAGAGCAAGCUUAACGAUAAAGUGUUAGCAGAUGUCUGGAAACACUGCGACAAAGAAGCUACUGGACUGCUAGACAAACCCGCUUUCGUGCAAGGCAUGGGUGAGAUUGAUGAAAGAUUGCGACGUGAAAUGACCAAGCAGCAGCAAGGAUCCAAAUGAACAAUAACUUUUAUUAUGUUUAGUCUAAAUUGCAAUAGGUGUAUUUACAUGAUGGUGCUUUUUUUGGUUUACAAACUGGAUGAGA